AUUUGUCUGCAGAUUUUUAAUACGGUUCCAUCUAUUGCAGAAUCUAAAAAUGUACCAAGUCUAAAAAUGGUCAUGUUCUUUACUAAAAUAAUCUUGGAAGCGCAGAACCGGCCGCGAUUGAAGUUUCUCAACGAAUAAUAACUUGCCGGUAGUCGGUACAAAAACGAAUGUUUUCCUUCUCACCGCAUCGAUAAAAAAGGAAACCUAGACAGUAACUUUUCACAACGGCAACGGACGCUGGUAAGCGAGUCUUUUUACGCUUUUCACGGUCUCGUUUGUAGACUGUAAGCUCUUCCGGUAAGGUGUUAAAUCGGUACUUUACUAACACACGACAAAAACUGAAUUAUUUGAAAUGUUUUAUUUCACGGUAAACUAACGGAGAAAACUGUUUUGUAUUCAAGGGUUCCAUUCCAGUCUAAUGCGGCAUAGCACCGACUGAGUCGAGGAUCUAUAUAAGUUCGGAAUUUGGAAAGUUUUGAAUUUUUACGACCGUUAUUCAAAUCGUCAGAUUCCCUAACGGGUAUUUUACAAAAUUUAUACCGAUAAUAGUAAAAAGAAACACUGCAAUCGCCGUAAGUUUGCUAGAUAAGGUAAGGCGCUGAGCCGAGCUUACAAUGAAAGCCGGAAAGGUGGCCCGGGAGUCCCGAUAAUGAGCCGAAACCCGUUUCGGGCUCGUUAUCAUAAAAUUGCCGGUGUAAGUGGGUGAGAAGCGUCAAAAAGACAUGCCACAUCGACGCUCCGAGGGCAGAGUUUUCGCCACGCAAGAGGCCCGCGCUGCUCUUCCACCAAAUCGCCGAACUCGGCUUCUUCCUCGGUGAUCGUUAGUCAGAGGAUACGACGACAGAUUCGCUAACCCGUGGCAUUACCUUCGCUCGUGUGAUAGAAGCUCCAUCGGCGUUAUAAGUGGCUGUGCGGAUCGGCCGCGUGGCCGCCUCCUAAGGCUCUCCGGGCUUCGGGUUACGUCUGGCCCUCGCCACUGCAGAGCUGCGCGUCUUGCACAUCGGGUGACGCGUCCGAAUUUCGAGAUUCCCAAGUGUCGAUUUCGAUCUUAUUUCUCGGGACCGUUUGUCCGCAGCGUUAAACACAGCGUUGAUAAUAAUUGCUGUAAUUCUUCGACAAUUUUUUAAGGGAAUUUUCACGUUUCUGCAAUUUAGUUUUAGGAAUUAACGUUUGAAUUUCAAAUCCGGACAACCGACGCUCUGCACUAUGGGUAGAAGUUUAUUGAUCUAACCGAAGGGAAACGACGUUUCGGGACUGUCGAAAUGAAUUUGAAAAUUACCGAACACCCGUUGUAUGGCGAUCAACGCACACGCGCGCGCCUUCGCCUGUAAACCCUCCUCUUAUUACGGGUGUGCGGUGCAACAUAGGUAGCUAAGUGUAAACCAUCAUUAUUAUUAGCUAGACACGUUACGGGGUCUCGGAUUCAGACCCAUGAAAAAGCAAAAAGAAACUGAGGAAGAAAAAGAAGAAGACGCCCAACAAACUUGAGUGGAAUUGCAUUUUUGCUCGAAGUCAUCCAUGCUACUCCAGCUGCGGUUGCAUCGACUAUACAUGUAUACGUGGUACAUCCAGGACAAAUCUGACAACGAAAAUUGCACUGCAACCUGUACUUACAUAAUGCAAAAAACACAUCGUUGGAAGUAAUUUGUGCGCCAGAAUCUUAUAAUUCUUCCAUGUCAACAUUCAGAUGCUGAAAUUAACACAGUGUUCAAUUCACAAGCUUCCGAUCAUCUCGACCCAAAUGAACUUCGGCCUCCAUUAUCCUGCUGCGAAUUCUCGAUGGCUGCGAUCGAGUUUUUCGAAAGUAGUAGCGGUGGCCCAAAAAAAGCAAUUAUUUAAAGAGGAGCAAUACGAAAUUCUAAUCGUCCCUGAAAUCGCAAAUUCAAACUCGAUGAAUAUUCCAAAAGAUGGGAUUGAAUUAAGUAAUCGGUCAACUCCUCAGGUUUCGCUGAAAUUCCUGAAAACCGCUUUCGUUUUCGAACCAGUCAACGCAUGUCACCUAGUAAAAAACGACCGAUGCAGGAGGUGCAAGGAGAAACUCAACACCCUGGCGAUAUCCGUAAUGAACCAGUGGCCCGGGGUAAAGUUGAGAGUUACGGAGGGCUGGGACGAGGAGGGAAAACACGCGACGGACUCCCUUCACUACGAGGGAAGAGCUGUGGAUGUGACAACCAGUGACAGAGAUCGUUCCAAGUACGGGAUGCUUGCACGCCUUGCGGUCGAGGCUGGCUUCGACUGGGUCUACUACGAGUCUCGAUCACACAUUCACUGUUCUGUAAAGUCUGAAUCUUCGUUAGCCGGCAAAUCCGGGGGAUGUUUCCCAGGCAGGAGCAUCGUCAGGACGGAGGACGGGUUCAACAAAAGUCUGGAUCAGCUCGAAAUCGGGGAACGAAUAGCCGCCCUCGAUUCCGCGGGUAAGAUCGUCUACAGCGAGGUGAUCGCCUUCCUCGAUCGGUCUCCGGAGGAGAGGCGACAGUUCGUGCGGAUCACGACUGCCUCCGGUCGUGCCCUGACCCUGACGCCGUCUCACCUGGUCCCCGUGUCCCUGGAGUCCGGCAGCACAACGGAAUUCGCCGCGAAGGUUCGCGUCGGCGACCAGAUUCUGGUCCGCGAGAGUGAUCGAGGGGUCGAAACGCUCAGGUGGGACAGGGUGGCGAGCACGCGGCUCGUUAUCGAGAAGGGGAUUUUCGCCCCGCUGACAACCGAGGGCACGGUCCUCGUCGACGACGUGGUGGCGUCCUGCUACGCCGUCGUCGACAGCCAAUUCGUCGCCCACUCCGCCUUCCUGCCGAUGAGGAUCUGGACGAACAUUAAAUCGGGGGUCGCCAGGAUCGCGCGAAUAUUCGUCGCCCCGCUCUCGGCCUGGAGCGAAUUCCGGCCGGGAAUUGGCGAGGAUCACGAAGUCAAGUAUCCCGAAAACACACCGUCGAUCAACGCGAUGAGAUUUCAACCGAGAGGCAUUCACUGGUACGCUUCGAUGCUGUACACAGUUUCGUUCUACGUACUUCCCACGGAUAUGCUGUACUAAUUUAUUUCAACGAUUUUUGAAAAAUUUCUAACGCGAAAACGGUUCGUCGAGAUCCCCCCUCCCCUAUCUCCUGCACCCUUUUGUACGUACUUCCGACGUUGACACACUCGACCGCCCAAUAUAGGAUCUGCACUCUCUGACCCCGUUUGCAGAUCCCCAGUUACCCUGUGUGAUGUGCAAAUCUGACGAACCAUGUUUACCCCCAUCGAUUUAAAUGGGUUCGAAAUCCCCGGUUGCCAAUCCGUUCAAUUGCAGUGAUAUCUGAGUGACUAUCCGUUCAGUUUAGCGUCGUAGAUUCGCAUACAGAAAGAAAAUAACUAGACCAGUUGUCUUGACGAUUGUCCUUGGCACUUGUACGGAUCGCAUCGCAAUCAAUUGGCAAUUGUUGGGCUGCGGUGCACCUUGAGUAACGUUCGUCAAAACGAGACUCAAGGUUGAGCUGAAAAGACCGUAAGCGAAAAGUGACGGUGUAUAUUCUAUAAUAUAUCGUAUCGUAACCACCUAUACAAUAUGUAUACGUAUCGUAUCGACAUUAUAAUGUACUUUACCAUUUUAUCUGUCGUACAUGCAUAUUGUUAUUUUUAUUAUUAUUAUUAUUAUUAUUGUUAUUUAAAAAAAAAAAUUUAUUCAAAUUCGAACGUAUAUUAAUAACGCCGAGUUAGAAGUAACUAUUUAUAAAUUGAGGGAGAGGGGGCGGCUGAGUGGCCAUUGCCCGCAACCAACGCGUGAGGCGUGAACGGACGUUAAUUAACGAGCGUAUGAAUCUUGGACGUAAUUAAUGUAAUCUAGAACGACCAACGUGAAAUUUAUUUGUUGAAAACGUUCCAGAGUGAUGCUUCCAUGACGUUUAUGAUACGUUUUCCAACCCCUCAUUAGGUCCAGCAUGCAAACAGUUUCACAGUGUUUUCCUUCCUUUCCUUUUUUCACACUGUCACGAAUGUGUUCAUUGGUAUGUAAUUGUAAUAUUUUACGUACGGUUAACCUAAAUUCUGAAUAGAAUCGUUCAAUUUUCACCAAAUUUAGAAACACUAGAAUACCUAAUGAAAUUUUACAUCAAAGUUGAAUAUUAACCACGAAUAUUCAAGUAUUUCUCGUAUGCAAUACACUUGAAUACGUAUUGUUUAUCGUCCGUUCUAUAUUUUUCAAUAUUUCUCUAUCGUAAAUCCUUUUUGGCACAAUACGAACGAAUACGAGAAGGCAAAAAAUUUUGCGUCGUCUCAAGAAGCGUAACUCACGUCACCCUCUGUCCGGUUCUAUUUUAAAAAAUUCAUUGCUCGUUGAGUAUUCCUCGUGGCAUCGCGAUUAAAACAAUUAUUGUAAAUACACCAUCUUAUUGCCCCCGCCCAACCUGUAAAUGUAAUUCCCUUUCGCAUCCUUCAUCUCGAGCUCACCGCAGCUCCACGCGUCUGCUUUACUUUAUACUUAUCAUAUUUAUCAUUCUCAGUUUGUAACUAGCCUUAUAAUUGUCACUAUUAUUAUUAUUAUUAUUACUACCACCGUUAGUCUCUUUGUAUGAUUAUGAUUUUUAUCAUUACUUUUAUCACGAAUAAUAAACAUCUAUUUUUUAGUAAUUUUUCCGAACCAUAUAUAAUUACAUAUAUAUUAUAAUAUGUAAAGCCGUUAAUCGAUUAUCGCUGUAUAGUAUUGCGUAAGGCAUCACGUAUAUUAAUAACACUUUAAUCAUAUA